GCGCUGCUCACUUGCAGUUUUGCGACCACGUAAUGAACGACAGUGACCACAGCGCGUUCCCCCUCUCGGACGAGGACCAGCUCCAGCGCAUGGCGUGCCGCCGCUCGCAAGUGGCGGCCGACGGAGCGGAGCUUCAGAAGCGCAUCGCGUCGCUGUUUCCGGCGGCUGCCAACGACGAUGCUCCGGCGGGGUCACCGACCGCUCUACGCGCCGGUCUCUUCUCGAAAACGAACCUGCACCAGCAAAUGGCGCAUCACCGGUCGGGCGAGGCGGCCGACGAAGCGCACCUCCAGGAAGGCUUGCAGUGGCUCUUUCCGGACAUGGCGGUCGCCAAGGCAAGCGACGAUCCGGUCGUCGCGCCCAGCGGCGUGUCCGCUAAUGUCCUCGUCGGCGGCUGCAUUGCCGCCAUGGCGAUCGCGAUCGCCUACUUCACGCUCAAGCUCCACGCUGCUUGUUAGCCAACCAACCCCAAGGGCACCACACGUAACUCGUUAAUUCAUGCUCUUGGCAUUUCGCCAGUCUCGAA